UCCUGUGUGGCUACACAAAAAAGUUUGUUGAUGUUUGCGUUGCGUCAAGCAGACAGCUGCAAAUUCAAAAGUGAAAACAUUAAAAUAAUUUUAAUGUUUUUAAUUCGUCUUUUUUAAACCAAAAAAUUAUUAAAGAAAUUAUUUUUAUUUACCCGUGUAACUGUGAUAAAUUUUGUGUUAUAACAUGGAUAUUACGUCUCUUUUCAAAGCUUGUGUUAAAACACUGAGAACUAGAAAUAAAGCUUUAGGAAUAAAUGAAAAAGACAAGAAUAGUAUAUUAAAGAAUAGUAAAACUAAAUCUGAUUUUACUAUCAAAGGAAAAGAAGUGGUAGGAACUAUCACUAAAAUGAAAGAAUUUUUAUUAGAACAUAGGAAGGACUAUAUUACCAUAAACCAUAUUUUGAAUGGCGUACCAAAUAUGACAGACAGUGAGCGUGAUAAAAUUGAUAGUGAGGCGCAAACCUUUAUGCAGAUGUGCCUAGAAGUUAUUAAAACUCUAAGGACUGAAGUCAAAAAGACAUAUUCUCAACAACUAAAAGAUCACCAAGAUGCUGUUAUUUUUUUAAUUGAUCAAUACCUAAAAGCUGUAUGCAAAAUCUAUAGUGGGCAGAAAGCAAUUAGAGUCAAACAAGCUAUUGACAGGCAAAAAAUGUUACGAUUAGAAAGUGAUUUUAAGAAAAGAAAAGCUGAAGAUGAAGAAAGUUUCCCCUCAACAAGUUCUGAUGUCCUAAUUGAAGAAACUAAAUCAUCUCAAUCCUCUUCUAAAGAUUCUAUUUUGAAUGAUGAAUAUUCAUCUCCUGAAACUCCUGAAGUCGAAUUUUCUCCUGAAGAAUUGCAAAUGUUUGAAGAAGAGAAUCAAAGGUUAUAUCAAGACAUGAAUACUUUGGUUGAUGAAGUUAAAGAAAUUGAAGGAAAGGUUGUUGAAAUAGGAAGGUUACAAGAAAUACUCACUGAAAAAGUUUUGCAGCAAGACCAAGAUAUUAAUCGAAUAGCUGAUACAGUUAUGGGAACAACAGAAAAUAUUAAAGAGGGAAAUGAAGAAUUACGUGAGGCUAUGAAAAAGAGUGCUGGUUUUAGAAUAUGGAUUCUCUUCUUCUUAUUAGUUCUAUCAUUUUCUUUGUUGUUUUUAGACUGGUAUAGUCCUUAGGAAUAACUGUUUAAAAAUUAUAUUGUAUAUUAUUUUUGAUUAUUAAAUUUUUUAUUUAAAACUUGUUAA